GCGGGCCGCCUCCCACCAAGGGCACUGCUGAAGAGGCAGCAGCUGAUUUCUUAGGACAAAUGGGAGGAGGACAGAGUGGAUCCCAGGUUAACAAGGAGGGAGCCGGAAGGGCACAGGGAGCAGGCACCACGGCCCCCUGAACGCCUGUGGGUGCCUUGGGGAACCUCUGCCCGGAGAGGGGGGCGGGCAGGCGCUGGGGAGGGUUCGUCUUGCCUCCGCUGGCACCUGGGGACCUGCUUGCCCCAGGACAGAGAGAGCAGCAGGUGGAGGGUGGUUUUAGGUCCUGCCGGGCCUGGGCGCAGGCCCAGCCACUGCAUUCGUUUUUUGCAAAAAUACUUUUGUUCCUGAGGUAGGAAGAUAGCCUCCCCCCAUCUUUCCUCCCCUCUCCCCCAUCAGCCUGGAAAUGGCCCAGAGCCCAGCAAUGAAUCCAGCAGCAGGGGUUGCUGUCAUGCACAAAGGUCUCCGUUUUUGGUAGCUGUGAUACAUCCCUCGUCAGAUUUCACGAUGUGUGGCAUUUGGGCCCUUUUUGGAAGUGAUGAAUGCCUUUCUGUCCAGUGUCUGAGCGCCAUGAAAAUAGCCCACAGAGGUCCUGAUGCAUUUCGUUUUGAAAAUGUUAAUGGCUUCACCAACUGUUGUUUUGGUUUCCACCGACUUGCAAUUGUUGAUCAGCUAUAUGGAAUGCAGCCUAUUCGAGUGAAGAAGUUUCCAUAUUUAUGGCUAUGUUACAAUGGAGAAAUCUACAAUUUCAGAGAGUUGAAAAAACAGUUUGGAUUUGAAUUUCAAACUUUAGUGGAUGGCGAGGUGAUUCUUCAUCUAUAUAGCAGAGGAGGAAUAGAGGAAACAGCGUCCAUGCUAGAUGGUGUAUUUGCAUUCAUUCUGCUGGAUACUGGAAACAGAAAAGUGUUUCUGGGAAGAGAUACUUACGGAGUGAGGCCAUUGUUUAAAGUGCUGACUGAAGAUGGAUUUUUGGGUGUUUGCUCAGAAGCAAAAGGUCUUAUGAACUUAAAGCACUCGAUGUCUUCUUGUCCUAAAGUGGAGCCGUUUCUUCCGGGACACUACGAAGUGUUGGAUUUAAAACCAUCUGGUAAAAUUGCGUCAGUGGAAGUGGUAAAAUUUCACAGUUGUAAAGAUGAACCUCUGCAUGCUGCCUAUGAUACAGUGGAAAAUUUGCCUUCAGGUGUUGAGCUUGAAACUGUAAAAAGCAACAUUCGGAUUCUGUUUGAAAAUGCUGUUAGGAAACGUCUGAUGUCUCACAGAAGAAUUGGUUCUCUUCUGUCAGGAGGGUUGGAUUCCAGCUUGGUUGCUGCAAUGCUCCUGAAGCUGAUGAAAGAAUCAAACAUCACAUACCCCUUACAAACUUUUGCAAUUGGUAUGGAAGACAGUCCUGAUUUACUGGCUGCCAGAAAGGUAGCAGCUCAUAUUGGCAGUGAACAUCAUGAAGUAAUAUUUAAUUCUGAAGAAGGCAUUCAGGCAUUAGAAGAGGUUAUUUUUUCCUUGGAAACCUAUGACAUUACAACAGUAAGAGCUUCAGUAGGUAUGUAUCUAGUUUCAAAAUACAUACGCAAGAAAACAGACAGUGUUGUCCUUUUCUCAGGAGAAGGCUCAGAUGAACUGGCACAAGGAUAUAUCUACUUCCAUAAGGCUCCCUCUCCUGAAGAAUCUGCGGAAGAGAGCGAGAGGCUUCUGAGAGAGCUCUACCUGUUUGAUGUUCUUCGUGCAGACAGAACUACUGCAGCUCAUGGUCUUGAAUUGAGAGUCCCAUUUCUGGAUCACCGGUUUACUUCUUAUUACCUAUCCCUGCCAGCAGAACUGAGAAUCCCAAAGAAUGGAAUUGAAAAAUAUCUUUUGAGAGAGUCCUUUCAGGAUUCCAACUUGCUUCCUAAAGAGAUACUCUGGAGACCCAAAGAAGCCUUCAGUGAUGGUUUAACCUCUGUCAAGAAGUCAUGGUUUUCAAUUCUCCAGGACUAUAUUGAUCAGCAGGUUGAUGACCUUCUGUUGGAAAAAGCAGCUGAGAAAUUUCCUUUCAAUCCACCUAAAACUAAAGAAGGCUAUUACUAUCGCCAGAUCUUUGAAAAGCACUACCCGGGGCAAAGUGACUGGCUUCCCCAUUAUUGGAUGCCAAGAUGGAUUAAGGCUACUGAUCCUUCUGCUCGCACAUUGAAGCAUUACAAGUCAACCGCUCAAGAAUAGGCUUUCUAGUAAUUCCAGAACAGAAAUGACUAGGUUUCAAGUGGUUUUUUUUUAAAUGUCUUUUUAAGUUAGGUGCCAAAUGAACUCUUAAAUCUUGCUAGUUUGCUACCAGCAUCUUUAAAAAUCUGUGUUAAUUCUAAUGGGAGUCAAACUGCUGAAACCCUCAGGAAACUCCAGUGUGUGUUGAGUGUCUCCUUAUUAAAUAAAUGGAGCUCCUCAGAUAGUUGUUUACACUUACUUCUCAUCCAGAAUGACCGCUGACAUGAUCUGUCUCCUACUCUGCUGUACAUGCCGCACUGGUAGCAUUAUAGCAUCUUUAGAGCAGCUUCAGCAGGUCAGGGGAGUAUUUGUGUUAGAGCACCACAGUGCAGAGCAGCUGUAAGCAGCUCUGUCCUACCCCAUUCCAAAUCUGGCGUAAUGACUGGUUUGUGGAUAGACUGUCUGCCAAACUUCAUAAUAGCAUUACCAAAGCACGAAUGUACUUCUGAUUUAAUGUAUAUCUUGUCCAAGAAACCAAAGCCAGUUGAUAUUUAAUUGAAUACUAGAGAUAAAUGAAUGCUGUUCUGGUUAAAAUAAAUGUAUUGAGGUCCUUUUGAACUAACUGAGUGUGCAUUUUUUUUGGAGGGGGCACUAAAUCUCUGUUCAAGAAUCUGCACUGUGGUGAUGCCUAGGUACCUGGGAUCUUGUACAUCAUUUGUCAAAGUGCAGCUAUUGCAUUCUAAUUUUCCAAGAUUAAGUGAUUAUAAAAUCACAGUAGUUCUAGUGAGUCCUAUCAUGAAAAGCAUUUUUUCAUCAAAUGUAAAUCAUGAAUUUUAGUAGGCUAAGAGUUCUCAACUUGAGGGUUGCAACAAUCCUACCUUUUUUCCUGGCUUCAUGAGGUUGCUUUAUUACGGGGUGUCUUGGGCCCAACAAGGGAUAAAAUGUUAAUGAAACCUUUUUCUAACUGCUUAAUAUUUUAAAUGUGAAGUACAGCACAGGAUUUUAUGUCAUGUUAUUGUGGCUGUACUUCCAUUGUAACAACCACCAUUAAUUGUUUAAAACCUUUUAUUAAAAAUUGGGAGGGAGGAAGGAAAGAAAAGCAGUUAAAGCAGCUGAAAUAGGUACUAUUAAGUAAAGUUUUAUUGUUAUGAAUAUCCUAUAUUUUCUUUCUCAUAUUAUUGCUGUAUAAAGUAUUAUUUUUAUAUGGACUAUGUACGUAUUAAAAAUAUUAACAGUCCUUUAUUAGGGAAAAUAAAAGGUUAGUUUAAAUA